GGUACAAGUCCUUGGAAGAGAUGGUAAAUGAUCCAAGGAUAGAACCGCAUAAAAAAUUUGGAAUUCCAUAUAUCUCAGAACUUGACCAAGAUGCGUCAAGGGAAGAAUUGGAUUCCUUAAGGUCAUUUAUCGUUAAAAAUCUAACUUCGAUGGACGACAAAUAUGAAUUUCAAUAA